AUGGCGCCCGUGCCUGCUCUUUUGCGGAGAUCCCUACGCGUCCACCAGGUGUAUGGGGCGAAUACCGACGUGGGCAAGACGAUUUUUACUACUGUUCUUUGCAAUGCCACGACCAAGCAUUGGAAAGGUGAAAAGACUUCGUUUUUGAAGCCUGUAUCUACGGGAGCAGCUCAUGAGGCCGACAGCUGUCCACACACAGCUGCAAAAGCUUCUGGCAAGCCCAUUCCCUCGGAUGAAGCUGUACUAGCAAAAAUUCAUGACCAUGUCUCUCGGCGAGCUUCCGAAGGUCCUGGGUGGCUAUUUCUAGAGACUGCGGGUGGUGUCCACUCUCCAGGUCCAUCCGGCACGCCCCAGGCCGAUCUUUAUGCCCCCUUGCGGUCUCCAGUUAUUCUGGUUGGGGACUCCAAGCUUGGGGGUAUCUCUCAAACGAUUGCUGCGUAUGAAUCGUUGAGAAUUCGUGGACACAACAUUGAAACGGUUCUUCUUUUUCAGGACAUGCAAUAUGAGAAUUAUCAGUACCUGAAGGAUUACUUUUCCAAGGAGGGAAUCCUCGUGGAGACAAUCCCUGGACCACCUCCUCGAAAGCCGGAUGAAACCGAGGAAACCGAGCAAAUGACCGAGUACUAUGCAACUCUCAACAAUGGCAACAUUCAACAAGUUCUUGAGACCCUGGACAAGAAAGGAAAGGACCGCAUUGGCCGACUGGAUUCGAUGAGCCAGAAGGCCAGCAAGAGUAUUUGGUAUCCAUUCACUCAGCAGAAAUUUGUCACGGCAGACACUAUUUCUGUCAUUGACUCUGCCCAUGGUGAUUACUUUCAGGUCCUCAACAAGAAUUCAGACCAGCUUUUGCAGCCUGCAUUCGAUGGGUCUGCUUCUUGGUGGAGUCAAGGUCUUGGACAUGCCAAUUCUCGACUGACUCUGGCUGCUGCGUACGCUGCUGGACGAUAUGGACAUGUCAUGUUUGCUGAGGCCAUUCACGAGCCUGCUUUGGCUUUGGCCGAGAUGCUUCUCAAAGGAGCUGACAAUCCUCGAUUCUCUCGCGUCUUUUACUCUGACAAUGGAAGUACCGGAUGCGAGGUUGCUGUCAAGAUGGCCCUCAGAGCAGCAAGACUCCGAUACGGAUGGGGACCAAACGACAAUGUCAAUAUCCUCGGCCUCAAAGGAAGUUAUCACGGAGACACCAUUGGAGCGAUGGAUUGCGCUGAACCUUGCGUCUACAACGAAAAGAUUGAAUGGUACGAAGGUAAAGGUUACUGGUUCGACUAUCCCACUGUUCAAUGCGUCAAAGGGAAAUGGGUUGUCGACGUUCCUGAAUCUCUUCGUGACGAUUUAACCGGCGCAAACCUUGGUUCCAUCUCGGACGUUUUCGAUCUACAGUCUAGACUCGAAACGGAAGCCUACCAAAAGUAUGCACGAUACAUUGAGAGUGUCCUCGAAAAGCUGCACUCUGCCGGUCGCAAGUUUGGAGCCCUCAUGAUGGAACCUGUUGUCCUCGGUGCUGGAGGAAUGAUUCUAGUUGACCCCCUCUUUCAACGCGCCCUCAUCGACGUUGUCCGCCGAUCCCCUCAUCUCUUCGGAGACGCGUCCACCCCAACAGACCCACUCUCAUGGUCCGGACUCCCGGUCAUUUUUGACGAGGUUUUUACCGGCUUGUACCGGCUUGGCCGGUUUACCUCGGCUUCAUUCCUCGGAGCCGAUGCCGAUAUCGCCGUCAACGCUAAACUCCUUACUGGAGGAUUAGUCCCGCUAUGCACCACCAUGGCAUCUGAGACUAUUUUUGAUGCAUUCCAGAGUGAUGACAAGAGUGAUGCACUUCUUCAUGGACACAGUUAUACUGCACACGCUGUAGGAUGUCAGGUGGCUGUUGAAUCUGUUGGAGAAAUGCAAAAAAUGGAGGCCCAAGGUGUGUGGAAACAUGCAGAAACAGAUUGGGAUGAUUCUCAGGCAAAGACGGCUUGGUCUGUUUGGUCCCGUGAUUUUGUCAACAAGGUAUCACACAGCCCUCAAGUUCUUGGAGUUUGGGCUCUUGGCAGUGUCUUGGCCAUUAGUCUCCGCGAUGAACAAGUGGGAUACAAGAGUAACGUGGCCAAGAAGCUUCAAGCCCAUCUCCGACAAGGUACUGGGGAGUGGAACGCUCACAGCAGAGUCCUGGGCAACGUGUUUUAUGUCAUGGCCAGUCAAAAGACAAGUCAGCAGAGCAUUGACGAGUUGCAGGGUCUGUUGCUUGGAGCUCUGUAA